AUUAGAACCCAUGAGUACUACGCUGGGUGUUAUGUUGCUAUCUUUCAGUUUCGUAACUGCAAAUUUUAGUGCGUUGAAAUCUUGUUGUGCGCCGGAAUCAACUUUAUUCAAAAUACGCGAUACAAAUGGAACCGAAAACUUUAAGUGCGCCAACACCAUUAGUGAUCAAAAUGAUGAUAUUGUUGAUCAAACAGAAAGGGUUUUGGGUUUUGGCAUUGUAGAGCAAGAACAACCUCAGUUUCCGCAAUGUACACGAACUACUUACUUGAAUAUUUCUCGCAGUGGAGAAGAAUCUAUGAGUUUGCCCACAAAUUCAUGCAUUCUAGGGUUAAGCGAUCGACUCAUUGUUAUGAAAUGUGAAAACAACAAUAAUUCUGAGCAAUUCCAAAAUAUUGGUUUUAUUAACAAGUGUUGUCCCCAUGGUUAUAGCUACAUAACUGAGCUGAACAAAUGCUCCUUACGUGAUCCCGACUUCAGUGUUUUCAUCAACAUAUUCGAUAAGCCCAUGAUUUUCGUAGAUAAUUCAUUUGGUUGUGCAAAAAAUCAAGUUCUAAUUGAAUAUGAAAUAACAGCGAACGAUAUACGCUGGAAAAAUAAUCAACUUGUGUGGAAAGACGGCACCAAAAGCUUUAAAAGAAAUGAGUUUUGUCUUGAGACAAUCAUUGCCAAUAGCAAUGUUGAACAGAGUCACCAAUUUCUUAUACGUUCUUGCCAAAAGAAUGCAAUUUGUAGAUCCCUCGCUUGUAUUCGCAAAUGCUGCGGCGAUGGAGAAUUUUACGCCAAAGGAAAUAGGACCACUCUAUGCAAGCGCGAGAACAACGAACACAAUUUUCAGAGCUCCUCCACUUUAAACAUAAGUGGGAAUUUUACAAAGCCAUCAGAAUUUGGAGUACUAAGUGGAUUGGAUUGUCCAAAAUUUCGCUUAGAUCCCGAUUCAUACUCAGAUGAGUCUCAUAUAAUUAGUUCAACCAACGGAUCCCUCUUUAUAGCAAGCACUAAUAAAGUGUAUUCAAACGGUCAAUAUUGUAUCGAAAAGAUUAAGAACUCUUCAUUUGUUGACCAAAAGAAUAGCUGUACACGUUUUUGUGCUUUGAUUCUAAAGUCGUGGGCAACGAUCGCAUUAGGUUCCAGAUGUAUCCGAUUGGUCUGCUGAUUUCUUGUUGUUUUUAUGCAAUAACCCUUUUGGUCUAUAUCUCGCUCGAAAAACUCCGCAAUCUUCCGGGUAAAAUUCUCAUUUGCCU